AUGCAUUUUGGUUAUAAAACGAAACCACCAGAGUCAGAAAGAAGAGAACUAUCAGGUGGUGCAAUGGAGAUUUCUAUCACGACGGCGAAUGGAAAGAACAUAAACCUAGAGGUUGACGAUAGCUCGGACACAAUCGACCUCAAGAUCCAUGGAGCAACCCGUCGAUUGGUUCUUCGUCUCGGUCCGGAACCGGAUCCGGAUUGGGAUCCAAAGGCAUGGAUGCGGAUCUAUGUAUCGACCUUCAAGCGGGGAACGUUCAACUUUAUGGUUGAGGGGACAGAAACCAUUGAAAACGUCAUGGACAAGGUCCAAUGUGAAGGGGGACCAUCAGGACUGCAUCAACUGAUCUUUCAAGGCGAGGAGCUCGAAAACGGACGAACCCUAGCUGACUACAAAAUCAAGAAGGAUUCAACCCUUGUCAUGUUACCCCACUAUUCUACAGUUCCAGUUGGUUGCUAA